AUUCAAUCACGAUGGCAAGUCGCCGCUUCGACGACGACGGCAAUUUCGUCGAGCCGCCGAUCGGAGAGGAAGCUUUGACGGCGCAAGACUUGCGUGAGCCAUAUGAGAUCGCCCGAACGCCCACGUUAGAGAUGCUUCUUAGUAUUCCUAUCGACUUUAUCGUUCGACAAAUUCACCUACGCGCGGAGGCCGAGCUCCUCGUGAGGAUAGGAGACCUGGGCGCAGAGCUUGACAACCUGCUAGAGUCAACCCUGGAGCAAGCCAGCGACUACGCACGGUGCCACUCCAUCUUGAAAGCGGUGGUCCAGUCGUGUGUGUCGAAUUCGCUGUACGUCACAGAGUCUGUGACUCGGCACAGUGCAGUCAAAGGAAUCGAAACAACCAACUUAACGUUGCUCCAUGGGCGCAUCAAUGCCGCUCUGGAGCAACUCGCUGCGGACCAAGUGGCAUUGCAACGAUAUGUGGACAUGAAUCGAAUGUUUGUGCUGGAGCUUGAAGCGCUGGGCGAAGCGUCGGCGCUAGUCAAGGCGAAGUCGCGCAUACUGCAAGUGGAAACCAUUCUUAUCGAGCGCAUCGAGUCAAUUCUCACGACCAACAUGCCACUCUCGAUGUGGAACCCGACCGAGAUGUGGCCCGAUUCUGUCUACUUCCGCGACUCCCAAGCCACGCAUAUCUCUGAGACCGAGCACAAGCCCGUCGAGUCAUCGUCUUCGUCGUCAUCGCUCUUUGCCGCCACGAGGCAACGGGGCGACUCGACCUGCUUUGACGACAACCCAAUCGUCCACUAGGUUCAAGCACCUGCAUUGCAUUGAAUCAAACUAUUCGACCGAUCUUGGUGUGGC